AUGGAGAGAAAAUAAAAUAAAAUUGAAUAAGAAUAAAAGAGUAAAACAACAAAAAUCUUAGUAAGUUUGUAAUAUGAAGUAGAGGUAAAAUAUGAUUAAUAUCAAUAGGGAUCAUUCAACAGAAUUCAUGCAUAACUUGAUCAACUAUUGAAUGAUGAGUUUAAUUUUAUCAACAUUUUACCAUCUUAAGCAUCAUCAGAUUUGCCAAAACUCAAUUCUAAUCCUUAACUUAAAUUUAAAAAUGACGAUUUCCCAUAAUAAGGCAUCAAACAUGUGAUUCAAUUAAUCAAAAUUAAUAGUCAAGUCCAACAAAAACACAAUGAACAAGUAAACUAACCAUUUACUAAAAAGUUAAUAUAAUAGAACUCAAUUAAAUAAAAUGAGCCUUGUUAAGCAAUUCCUAAGCUUAUUGAAAAAUUCGCUCAAGCACCAUAAGCCUAAAAUUCACCAAAUUUCACAUUCAGUUCUUUUCUUAAGUCUCCAUCAAUUAAAAUAUCAGAACAAAAGAAUAUCCUACAAACCGAUUAUUUAUUUGCUAAUCAUGACACUAGAUUCAUCUUAAUUGAACCUGGAAUCCUGAAGUCUUGUAGUUGAGCCAUCAAGAUUAUUUCUUUAACUAGUUGGAUUGGCAUAGGUAGAGCUGAUAAGAGCGUACUUUUAUUGAAGAAGUUAAAAGUAUUAUAAAAUUUAAGCGAUUUAACAAAUUU